ACCAUGAAGACGCAAGUUGUAGAGAUGAGAGAGGCGCUUCGUCAAGCGCUGGAUGAAGAGAUGACGCGUGAUCAAAGAGUCUUCAUCAUGGGAGAGGAAGUGGCCGAGUAUAACGGGGCCUACAAAGUCACCAAAGGGAUGCUCGCAAAAUGGGGCCCAGAACGGGUCAUCGAUACGCCGAUUGCCGAAGAGGGGUUUGCAGGGAUCGCCAUUGGAGCUGCGAUGACAGGGCUUAGACCUGUGGUCGAGUUUAUGAGCUUUAACUUCUCUUUUGUCGCCGCCGACCAAAUCAUCUCGAAUGCGGCAAAGAUGUACUAUAUGUCGGGGAAUCGAUUUUCAGUGCCGAUCGUGUUCCGUGGUCCCAAUGGAGCUGCAGCUCAAGUCUCUUCACAACACUCUCACUGCGUUGAAGCGCUCUAUGGCAAUUUUCCAGGACUUAUCGUGGUUGCUCCGAGUAAUCCUUACGAUGCAAAAGGGUUGCUCAAGUCGGCGAUUCGGUCUAACAAUCCGGUCUUGUUUCUAGAGAACGAACUUUGUUACAACGACAAGAUGGAAAUCCCCGUGGAAGAGUAUCUCGUCCCCAUUGGAAAAGCUCAGGUUGUUCGAGAGGGGAGUCAUGUGACCCUCGUCUCUCACAGCCGUAUGACCAAUCUGUGCAAAAAAGCAGCUGAAGAGCUGAGCCGGCAGGGAAUCUCUGUCGAAUUGAUCGACCUUCGGACGAUUAAACCGCUCGACAUCACCACGAUUGCAACCUCUGUUCGAAAGACCCACCAUGUCGUGCUGGUCGAAGAGGGGCAUUACUUCUCUGGAAUUUGCGCAGAGGUCGGUUUUGAGAUCCAGACCCACUGCUUUGACUAUCUAGAUGCACCUAUCAAGCGGGUGACUCAGUGUGAGACCCCCAUGCCGUAUGCCAAAACACUCGAACGAGAGACAAUGCCGACAGUCGAGAAGAUCUGUCAGGCUAUUUUAGAAACC